AUGUCCGACGUCCCACCAACCGAGCCGAUUCCCAAACCAGAAGAACCGACAGCCCCAGCACCACAACAGUCUCCUCAGCAAGUCCCUCCACCAAAUUACUACCAAUUUCCACCUCAAGGUUACUACCCACCACAAGGCUUCCCGAACUACCCUCCUCCUCAGCCUAUGCCUUACUUCCCCAACCCUUGGUUGUUCCAAUCUCAAUCUCAAUCGAAGAGAGACCAAGACUUCGAAGAAGGUCUGAACCGCUUACGCAAAGAGUAUGCCACAGCCCCGAUGGAAGAUGACAGGCUUUCAGUCUCUUCCCUCAAAUCGACCGAUUCGACUCGUACCACAGAUUCGGUUCGUGACCGUGAAGACUACCUCAAGCAGUCUGAGAGACUCUUCAUCCUACAAUCAUUUACAGUUGGAGCUCUCAAGAACAUGCGCAAUUACGAAGGUCAGACACCAGCUGGAGACCGCAAAACAGACGUACUCGCAAGAGCCGUCCAACUGGUCAAGACAAAGACUGAGAUAGUCGACUUCAUUCUUGCAGCUUGCCCAUACAAGUAA